AUGGACACUGGGCAUCUGUCGCACCAAGUCACAACCAUCAUUGACCAGCUGCAUGGCUUCUUUGACGAAAUCGGCCUUCCCACACAUGAACGAAACGAGAGAGAGUCAGAGCUGUUUGCUGCUCUGUCCGAAACACUAAACAACCAGCUCAACCUGCACGACCUUACAGACGAGGCCCGCCGCUUGAUCAAGUCGAUUCGCCAGAUCGAGGCCGCCUUGGUCGACGACAAGCCCCACCGUGAGAGCGACCAUCAGGACGACCACCUGAACAUCACCCUCCCACUGCGCGACUGCAUCACAUCUCUCAAGGAGAAGCACAAGACUGUCUCGAGCAUCCACCGUGAACGCUAUGAACAGAUCAAAAGUUGGUCCCACCACCUUCGCUGCCACUCUUCUGUUACUGACCUGCCCUGUAGAANNCUGGCCGAAGCCCUCGAAUCCUAUGCCUCUCACCUCGAACCUUCGUUUGUCACCAUCAAACUCCCUCCUACCUCGCCCAACUCCAAGACCCCUGCAUCCUUCGAUGUCUCGCCCUCCUACGUCACCUCUCUGGACGAUGCUUUCACCCGCGUCUACGAAGAAUACAACAAGCGUCUAGUCACAGUACAAGCUCUGGCAGAAGAAAUCAUCAUGCUCUGGGGUGAACUCGGCACUCCUCAAGCCCAGAUCGACAGUGUUAUCGUCAAGCACGCUCGCAAUGCUCCUGAACAACUGGGCCUACACCUUGAGGAUCUCAACCGCCUGAGGAGCAAGAAGGAAAAGCUGCUGGCCGAGAAGCGCAAUCGCGAGAUCAGAGUGGAAGAGCUCAAAGAGGCCAUUGAGGCAUUGUGGGACAAACUGGGAGUCGAAGAGAGCGAGCGCAAACCUUUCUUGGCCAGUAAUAGAGGUUGUGGUCUGCGCGCCAUUAACGAGUUCGAGGAUGAGCUGGCUCGUCUGAACGAGCUGAAACGCCAAAACCUGCACCUGUUCGUCGAAGAUGCGAGGUUCAAGUUACAGGAGCUUUGGGAUGGUCUCUAUUUCUCCGAGGAAGAGAUGCUCGAAUUUACGCCAGCCUUUUCAGAUGUCUACUCGGAUGCCCUGCUCGAGGCUCACGAGGCCGAAAUUGCCCGACUCGAAGCGCUUAGAGAGCAACGUGCGCCAACUCUCGCCAUGAUCGACAAGUACCGCUCGCUUGUUAAGGAUCGCGAUGAUCUGGCUGCUUCUUCGCAGGACGCCUCUCGUCUCAUGCUUCGUGGUCAAAAAGGCGAAAAGCGUGACCCAACUCGUCUCUUGCGAGAAGAAAAGAUGCGCAAGCGCAUUGCCAAAGACUUGCCCAAGGUUGAAAGUGAUCUACGCCAGAUUCUCGAAGAAUGGGAAGAAGAGUAUGGCCGUCCCUUCCUUGUCCAUGGCGAACGCUACCUAGACGAGCUGGAGGCCACUUCGCAAAGGCCGGCCACUCAAGGUUCGGUUCGAUCCAAGACUCCAUCGAUUCCUCCUCGAUCAAAGACGCCGUCGUCGGUUCCACCUUCUACUGUCCGUCCCAAGUCUGCAGCUGCUGCCGCUCCGACUACCGCCAUCAAGAAUCAGACAUUGCGUGGUCCUCCUCGAUCCAAGACUCCCACCGCGUCACGCAAUCCUUUGGCCUCGUCUGUCAUGGGUCCUUCCUUGUCACAUUCAUCGUCUAACUCCUCGUUUGCAGCUUCGGUCGGUCCGGGUAGUCUCCGCAGUCCCUCCAAGAUCCCUAGCCGUCAGCCCCUGAGCAACAUGCUUCAAGCUGGCACUUCAACCGCACGUCGCCCUCNNCCCCCUGGUCCUCUGGGUCAUUUUAGAACAGAGUCGGACAGUAGCACUCUUCGCAGCCGUAUGGCCCCGCCACCGCGACCUAUGCCCUUGUCACGCGACUUCUUCUCACCACCCGAGACCCCAUGUCCAAUCAACAACGCCGACAUGUCGUUCGAACGUAGCGGCAGCAUCAUACGUCACAUGAGCCCCGAAGAUCCUUACAGUGACCGCAGCUCAUUGCGAUCCGUUCGCACCUUCCAGUCUACGGCUUCCUCACGCCCAGCAUCGCAAGCCACGCACCAUUACGUGGCAGCGGCACCACGACCCUCGCCACGCUUCGAGUACCCCGCUGCACCGCCAGCACCGGCCAUGACAAGACAAACGUCGAACGCCUCGUCAGUUGAGACUAGCAGUUCGGCUGUCUCUGGUUCUGAGAAUUGGGAGACAUAUACGGAUGCUUCUGACGAUGAGGAGCCCGAUGCUCGAAUGGCAUAUUAUGCCAAAGUACGCACGACCAGGCGUGAAUCGCCUGAGGACAGCUACGAAAGUACCGGUAAGGGCUUUGGCGCCAAAGUGCGAGCAAUAGGUGCUUCAGACGACGGCACCGAGGCCGCAUGGUCCGACGUGGGCGAGACGUUUUGA